UGGGAAAAUGCCCCUAUUACCUUGGCUUUAUUUACCAUUGGUUAUUUGUCGCCUCGGUGGUAAUAAUGCUAGAUCUUUUGCUUCUACUUUUCAUCAUAUGAUUUUAAAAAAACCUUGGAUUAGGACUUAG